GCUACCAGCCAUGGAAACCCCUGGGGAGCCAGGAGCAGGCCCUCACAGAGCCCCCAGCCUAGUCAACUUCUCGCCUGAGCACCUGGAAAGAGAAAAGUUAAUGAAGUUAGAAGUGCAGUGGCAGCAGUGGUCAGCCCAGGGUCCGCUGUACGACGUGCCCAAUGCCAGCGGGAGGCAAGCAGGCGGGCCCCAGCAGGCAGGGCGUGUGGUGAGCCUGCGGGAGCGGCUGUUGCUCACCCGUCCCGUGUGGCUGCAGCUUCAGGCCAAUGCUGCGGCUGCACUGCACGUGCUGAGGGCUGAGCCCCCGGGGACGUUUCUGGUGCGGAAAUCUAACACGCGCCAGUGCCAGGCCCUGUGUGUGCGGCUGCCCGAGGCCAGCAGCCCCUCCUUCGUCUCCAGCCACUACAUCCUGGAGAGCCCUGGUGGCAUCUCCUUGGAGGGCUCGGAGCUCGUGUUCCCGGACCUCGUCCAGCUCAUCUGCGCUUACUGCCACACCCGGGACAUCCUUCUUCUCCCACUCCAGCUCCCCUGCGCCAUCCAGCAGGCGGCCACCCACAAGGAGCUGGAGGCCAUCUCCCAUCUGGGCAUUGAGUUCUGGAGCUCCUCCCUGAACACCAAGGCUCGGCAGGGCCCAUUCAAAGGCCCAAUGCUGCCCCAGCUGAAGGCCCGGUCCCCUCAAGAACUGGACCAGGGUAAUGGAGCGGCCCUGUGUUUCUUCAAUCCCCUGUUCCCAGGGGACCUGGGCCCUACCAAGCGGGAGAAAUUCAAGAGGAGCUUCAAAGUGCGUAUAUCCACAGAGACCUCUAGCCCCCUGUCUCCGCCUGCCAUGCCACCUCCUCCAGUCCCGGUGCUGCCAGGGGCAGGCCCCAGCCAGACGGAAAGGCUGCCCCCUCGCCAGCUUCUGCGAAGGGAGAGCUCAAUGGGGUACCGCGUGCCAGGGGGAAGCGGCCCUGGCCUCCCACCCCUGCCUUCCCUCCAGGAGGUGGACUGCGGCUCCCCCAGCAGCUCUGAGGAGGAAGCACCAGAGUCCUGGGGGAGCCCAGCAACCUCACCCCGCCUGGGCCGCCGGCGGCCUCUGCUUCGGUCCAUGAGUGCAGCCUUCUGCUCCCUACUGGCGCCCGAACAUCAGGUGGGCCGGGCAGCCAUGGCACUGAUGCGGGACCGCCACACAGCCGUGGGCCAGUUAGUGCAGGACCUACUGACCCAGGUGAGGGCUGGACCUGAGUCUCGGGAGUUGCAGAGCAUCCGCCAGGCGCUGAGCCGGGCCCGGGCCAUGCUGAGUGCGGAGCUGGGCCCAGAGAAGCUGCUGCCACCGGAGAGACUGGAACAUGUUCUAGAGAAGUCGCUGCAUCGCUCUGUACUCAAGCCUCUUCGGCCCAUCCUCGCAGCACGCAUCCGGCGCCGGCUUUCUGCAGAUGGCUCCCUGGGCCGCCUGGCUGAGGGCCUCAGACUGGCCCGGGCCCAGGGCCCUGGGGCCUUCGGAUCCCACCUGAGCCUGCCCUCCUCAGCAGACACAGAGCAGGUGCGCCAGAAGCUGCUGCAGCUGCUCUGCACCUACUCACCCAGCGCCCAGGUCAAGCGGCUCCUGCAGGCCUGCAAGCUGCUCUACACCACUCUGAGGGCCCAGGAGGGGGAGGGCGCAGGUGCUGACGAGUUCCUACCACUGCUAAGCCUCGUCUUGGCCCAGUGUGACCUCCCUGAGCUGCUGCUGGAGGCCGAAUAUAUGUCAGAGCUGCUGGAGCCCACCCUCCUCACCGGAGAGGGCGGCUACUACGUGACCAGCCUCUCAGCCAGCCUGGCCCUGCUGAGCAACCUGGACCAGGCCCCCACCCUCCCGCUGAGCCCCUCUCAGGAACUACAGCGCUCCCUCAGCCUCUGGGAGCAACGCUGCCUGCCUGCCACCCACAGCUUCCAGCACCUCCUCCGAGUAGCCUAUCAGGACCCCAGCAGUGGCUGCACCUCCAAAACCCUGGCUGUGCCCCCAGGGGCCUCCAUCACCACCCUGAACCAGCUCUGUGCCACCAAGUUCCGAGUGACCCAGCCCGACACUUUUGGCCUCUUCCUGUACAAGGAGCAGGGCUACCACCACCUGCCUCCUGGAGCCCUGGCUCACCGACUGCCCACUACCGGCUACCUCGUCUACCGCCGGGCAGAGUGGCCUGAGACCCAGGGGACUGCGCCAGAGGAAGGCAGUGGGCAGCCAGAAGCAGAGAAAGGGGGCCAGGGAGAUGGGGGCAUUGGGAUGAAAGCCAGGCCCAGGAACAGGAUGGGAGAGCCUAAGAAAACUGCUGAAGACAACGAGGGCCAGGCUGGAGGAAGCCCUGCUCAGCCUGGGGAGUCAGGGACUGAGGGAAGCCAGACAGCUGAGGAGUAGCUAGAAGUGGCCAGAGGGUCCUUUAGGGCAGAAGACUCUGAGCCUGCUGGAAAGGCCUUUCAGAGCCAUCAUCCUAGCCACUGCCUCCUUGGUUACCCCCACCCAGGCCCUCGCCUGUAUCUGCCCUCCACAGUUCUCCAGUACUCCUCUGUACAAGCCUACCUGCUGGGAGCACAAUGGCCAUCUCGGAGGGGUUGGAGUAACUGAUGAGGAGGGUCGACCCCUGGAUUCUGUGCCUGAGACCCCUUGCCUCUUUCUUCUACUCCAGCUGGAGGCUAGCCAGCCACAAUAGUGGGUGUGCCAACUAAGGACAAAUCCAGCUGAUGCCAGCCUCCGGUUGUCCCAGUUCAUUUUGUACCUUCCCCCCUGGGCACAGCCCAGGUGGGGGCUUUCAGGCCUUGAAAGGCUCCAACCACUUCUGGGUGUCAGAAGGAUCCAGGGAGGCAGCAGAAUGGACCCUGCCUUGGGCCUUUGGGAGGACCCUCCUCUUCAACUCUCAGAAUUGUCACCUGUCCAGUGGGGAUAAAAUAGCUGCCUUGCCCCUCUCCUAAGUGGUCCAGGAGUCAAAAUGGAUGAUUUUGCUACAAAACAGAGUCCAGACUAGGGGGAAAGGGAGGGAAGGAGUUCUUUUCCAAGGGUCUGUUCCCUGCAGAGCAGGGCUGUCCCUUUCUGGGGCUAUGCUGGUCUGUCCAGGGAAGGUUACUCCCCUGGAGAUCAGGUCCCAGUGAGAAAGCACCCAAGUUCUAGUCUGUUCCCAAGAUCAAAAGUCUUCCCAGGCACUCCAGCAUCUCAGGGAAGUUGGGCAGGGGCAAUAACGCUCACAAGCAGGCAGAUUAAGCUUCCAACAUGAAGAGUGGGGCUCAGAAGCCAUUUUCUCUGCACUAAACUCUUGGCCCUGUGUGUGGGAACAGGGCAGGGCUUGUUAGCCCCACUGAGGUUCAAGGAUUUGACUCCUGAGACAUCACUCAAACCAGAGUGUUAGGUUCCAACUCCCCUCUCUAAACUAAACCCCAACAAAUUAACCCUCAAAGCCAGGGCAGCCUCAAAGGAGUGCAGAGUAAGUAGCAGAUGUGAGCAAAAAAAACUGGCACCCCUCAACCACAAGGGGGCAUGUUCAGCCCAAGAAGCUGCUGGGAGGGUGACUGCUGAGGGGUGAGGACAGUUCAGAGACACAGCAGAGGUGAUCACUGGCCUUACACUCCAACAGCCAUUAGGUAACCUGGGGACAGCACUGGGGCAGAGCUUGCUGGCCAUCAGGUCCCUUGUAAUUAGGGGUUUGAGUGAGGCCAGCCUCUAGGGACCACUGCCCAGGAAGGAGUCAUCCCUGAUGGAGGACCCAGCCAGUUUUAGAAACUGUCCCAUUGGGUGCUGAUCAUGAAGGGACAGCAACCCUCAUGUCAGACACGACAGCUGGGGGGGGGAGUGGAAAUUGUGGACACUGGUGCCCAUGUGUGGCAGCUCUGCCUCCUCACUUCCACGUCCUUCCCCAAAGCCCCUCGCUGGCAGGAGGUUACUUUGCUUCUGUCUGUUAUCCCUCCCUCCCUCCUUCUCCACCCCCAUUGCUUUGUACGGUACAGUGCUGUGCACCCUGCACCCUAUGGCACUCAA